AUGUCCAGAUUCACUGAGGAGCUGGAGUUUGUCCAGUGCCUGUGCAACCCGCAGUAUUUGCAGCACCUGUACCAAAAGGGGUACUUCAACCGAGCAGACUUUAGGCAGUUCCUUGAGUAUUUGCAGUACUGGAAAAGGCCCGAGUACGCAAAAUGCCUCUUCUUUCCACAGGCCCUCAACAUCCUGGACCUUCUAAUUAACUCGAAGGAGUUUGUUGAGUCUCUGAAGUAUAAGCAAAUGGUGGACUUCCUCGCCUCCCAGCAAUAUCUUCAGUGGAAAAAUCGGAGGUAA